GGUCCCGUCUUGGCUUUCGCUCGCCCGCCACGACCUCCCUCGGUCGGUGCGGGGCGGCAGCAUACAUCCAUGGCCGCUUUUGUCGUGGAUAAGCUUCAGAAAGAGUUUGACCAGGCGAUCGCCUCAUUCUUCUUCGAGAACGCUAUUGCAUUCAACGCCACAAGAUCAGACUCCUAUAAGAACAUGAAGAGGAUCAUGAACGAGGCGUCCAAAUCGAGGGAAGUGUUGAAACUGUCAGGGUACAACUUCUUGAGGAUGAAGGCACUGCCCACGAAGUACAAAACUGUGGAUAAUGAUUUGGACAAGAUCCGUGAGCCGUGGGAUGUCACAUGCCUCACUUUGAUGACGGAUGGUACGACAACGACCAGCAAUAGGCCGGUCAUAAAUUUCAUUGCGGCUGGGGAUUCGGGGGCUGUCAUGGUAAAGACUGUUGACGUGGAGGGGAAGGACAAGGCAACUCCGUCCUUGGCAAGGAUGGAGUACGACCCAGAGGAAGUGAAGAGGAGCGAUGGGUUCUCCACUCCGGAUCCAGGGUUGCGAUUAGGGGAGAGAUUCGCCUUCCUGUUGUCGCACGUGGCCCCUAUUGCCCCUCGUGGAUCUGCACAAGACUUUUGUAAGCACCUGGCUUCGAUAUCCCCAAUGCGGAUUGAUGACGAGUCUAACACCCCUAAUUGGGCCAGAUUCAUCGGACCCACCCCGCCCACUCUUCGGUUGAACGAGGACAUUCCGCUUAUCGUUGGGGAGGGCACACACGCCCAAGUUUACAGGCGGAGGACCACGCUAGUCCAGGAUGGUGGAACGACCCCACCACAUGAUAUGCGUGCACAGCGUGCAAAGGAGUCACCGCCCGACAUUGACGAGAGCAAGGUGCACUGAAUUAAGAGUUCGGUAGGCAGAAAGAAGAGAGGGAAGAACAAGGGAACGAGGCAGCGACACCCAAUACGAG